AUGGCUGCAACCAGGUUUGAAAUUGAAAAGUUUGAUGGAAAUACAAAUUUUGAUUUGUGGAAAGCUAAGAUUAAGGUAGUGUUGGGACAACAAAAGGAACUUUUGGCCAUCACAGACCCAACAAAGUACCCCAAAACACUUACAGAUGCAGAAAAAGGAAUAAUAGAAGUAAAUGCAUAUGGAACUAUUGUUUUAAAUAUUACUGAUAGUGUUUUAAGACAAAUAGUUGACCAACAAACUGCUUUUGAUCAUUGUAACAAAUUAAAUGAGAUUUAUCUCAAUAAAGAUCUUCCUAAUAAAGCUUUCUUGAGGGAAAUUUUUUUCACAUAUAGAAUGGAUGCUGAAAAAUCUCUCUCUGAAAAUUUGAAUGAAUUCAAGAGGUUAUCAUCAGAAUUCAGAUCAAUAGGAGACAAUAUUGAGGAAGAAAAUGAGGCCUUUAUCCUAAUAAACCCUCUACCAGACUCAUUUAAAAAUGUCAAAACAACAAUGAAGUAUGGCUGA